AACUAAGCCCCGCUCGCUCAUAAUAUCGCAUGAAUGUAGAGUGACUUAUGCUCUUGAUGGUAUUGAAUGGGCAUAACUUUUGUGCACUUCAGAUCUCAUUUGUGAUGCGCAUGCAUUUCAAAGGGUAAACUCAUGUGCAUGCAGUAAUUUGUCCAUCCUGUUGACUGGAUCGCUUCUACAUCUUUCCUUACCAAAAAAAUGCCAAAUCUGGCUUGAUUACACUACCUUGAGGUGUGUUUUUUCCACUCAUAAUCUGAUGUCACUAAGUCAUAUUGCCCAUAAAGCCUGGUUGGCAGUGCGCCUAAAGCACUAGGGUCCCCUGUGAACUGUAAAAUAAAGGAUUCAUCUACUGCCCAUGGUAGUAUCAAGUUGAAGUAGUGCUCUACCUCGCCCAUAAAUUAUGUGCCAGGUGUUUUGUUUGUUUGCUCUUGUGUGCCGCCGGUGGAAGACAUCGGGGGUGGCGCCUCCCUCCACCUCCACCUCCACCUCCUCCCAUCCCUUCCCCUCCCAUCCACCAUCUCACCGCUCCCUGGGGUGUGUCUAUGGCAUCGCCUCUCCUCUCCACACCGUGUGUGUGUGUGUGUGUGUGUGUGUGUGUGGCGUGCGCUGCUGUUGCUGCCGCCUCCUCCCUCUGCCUCCUAUCUGCAUCUGCUGCAGAGCUUAGCCAACACGCAUCUAUGCUCUGUCUCUCUCUCUCUCUUGUUUUUUUUCCCACUACCCACCUAUUUCUACCCACCAGAGUCUUUCUUUUCUCUUCUUUCUCUCUUCUUCUUUUCUUUUUUUUUUUUGCUGAUGAGGGAGUCUGCGCACACACCUACAGCCGCGGAGUCUUAAGGUGGAGGGGGAAAGAGAGAUGGGGCAGUCACAAGUCGUCACUUUGGAGUAUUGAGGACGGCGGUGAACCGGAGAAGAGAGCCGGAUGGGUUAGGAGCCGUGAAACCCACAUCACUCACCGCGGAUUGAGCAAGCCUCCCCCCUCCUCUCCUCCUCCUCCCCUCUCUCUCUCUGUCUCUCCCUAGUCUGCAGCCUCCAAGAACAGCCGCCGCAUCAUUUUUUUCAGAGCAGCAGCCCCCUCCCUCCCUCCCUCCAUCCUCUCUCUUCUCUCCAUCUCCCUUUCUGCUGCUUGCACCACUGUGGGAAUGCAGCGAAGGUAAACCGAAUCGCUGCUUCUUCUUCCUCUUCUUCUUUUUGUUAAAAAAUACCACUCCACACAGUACCAACAUUGGAUCUAUCUAUCUAUCCAUCCAUCCAUCAUCAUCGCAGUGGCGGACUGCAGACGGACACCUCUGGAGACGCACGACUGUCACUCCGGGAGAAUCAAGAGUGGGGUGGUCGGCGCAGGGAUUGGACCAGUUGGAUUUUGCCUCGCUACCUCCGGACACCAGGACUACCAAACACCAUCCAUCUCACUGCUGGCAGAUCCCGUCUGCCUCUGCCUACGUUUCAGUUUCAGUCGCUCUCUCUUCCACCGGAUUACCGGCAGCUGGAGUGACCAGAGGAGAAGGAGGGGGGUAAAAAUAAAAAAAGGGUGGCCGGGCAUUGGAGAGGCUAUUAGAGGGGGAAAAACUUGAAGUAGAAGACAUAUGCAAAAGAAAAAAGGAAGCUCUGUAAUGUGUUUGCAGGAGCUCAAAUGAAACCUGAGAGAAUAAAGGAAUUAAGGAACAGUCGCUGGUUUGUAUGUUAAGGACCUUAUGCGGCCGAUAAUCAACCAACUGAGAGUGGAGAAGGGUGCUGCCGGAGCCUGGCUUGUUGAUGUACGCACGCACACACGCACAUGGAUUUACAGCUCCAGUCUGAAGCGGAUCGAUAUCCUCCUUCGUUCUUUUUCUUUUUUCUUUUUUUAACCUCGGCUUUUUUUUUCCUUUUUCUUUUUUUUAACAAGGGAGUGAAGAAUCCUGGGAUUUAUCACCGCUUCGUUAGCGCCGAAGUGCAGUGACGCGCCCCUCGCCCUGCUCCUCUCACCUGUCCAUAACCUGUGUGCUCGUGUUGGAAGUGUGUGUGCGUGUGUUUUCUUGUGCGUAUUUUGCGUGUGCGUGUGUGUGUGCGCAUGUAUGUAUGUGAGAGUGUGUGUAUGUGUGUGUGUGGCUUGUUGUCCGCCAGAGGGAGUGUAGGUUAUACUGCUUGUGUAUGCAUCUGAGUGCUGUGCCAGCUUUUAAUUAGUUAUACGUGACUGUGAGUGAUUGUGUCUGCCCUUGCUCGUGUAUUAGUUCAUCUUUUAGGUUUGUGCAUGUAGAUAUAUAAGGCUAAGCAUUGUGGUGGGUACUUACUUAAGAUGCCAAACGUUUCUUCUGCACCACACCCCCUUCCUCGUGUAUGCCCUUGUACCAUUUGGCCACCUGUUUGACCUCCUGAACACCUCCAAAAGACAAAAAAAAAAGAAAAAAGCUCCAGCACGAUGAGUGACCGCUCUGGUGCAAGCACUAUAGCGGCCAUGACGCUGGAGGAGCCAGGGGCUGAACAGGCAUCUCCCCGAGCCCCGGGCCCUCUCCGCUGUGGCCCCUGUGCAGUCUGGCCUCGCCAGCAAACGUGGCUGUGUGCUGUACCCCUAGUAAUGGGCUUUGUGGGACUGGGACUAAGUCUCAUGUUGCUGAAAUGGAUUGUGGUGGGAUCUGUCCAAGACUAUGUCCCCACUGAUCUAGUGGAUCCUAAAGGUAGUAUUGGACAGGACCCUAUAUUUCUCUCUAAACCCAGUGCCAUGCCCAAGGCGCCCGACAUUUCCACGGCCACCACUACUUCAUCUGCCUCGACCACAGCUAUUGUGUCGACUACCACGCCGCUAGCCGCAGAUGGUACCGCCCCAGCGCCAAAAACUCGAUCAGGGCAUCCAGCAAACCACUCGGCCAAUGGCAGCACUGCCAAUGGAGACGGCAACCACGUCCCACACCUUCACAACCGUGUCGGCACCCGCAUUAGUGGGACUGUGGUUACCACCUCCACUACUCGCGCCACCCGACUCACCCCGCCACCCAGUGGUAAAGAGGUCACCCCUCGCAGCACUGUCCGAAAAGGGAGUAGUCCUAGUAAUGGACGUAAUGGAGCCACAAAGCCAGGACAGACUUCUGAUACCAUUACUACCACAGCAUCCACCACAAGUACAGCGACUGUGAAGACCACGAUCAAGGUGCAGCCGACUACCUCCCAGCCGGCAGCCCCAGUCAAGCCCACAUCACGCUGGAAUCAUGGGCGCCCGGGAAAGGGCCCAGCCACACGCCCACACCACCGUUUCCGAACACCAGUGGCCCCUACUCUUCCGAGUCUACGUUCAGAGGUCUUCAAACCGUGUGUGGAAGACAAGGACCUGGCCUUUUGUCUAAAUGAGGGAGAGUGCUCCAUCAUUGAAACUGUGGCUGGGGUUCACAGACACUGCAGGUGUAAGGAGGGCUACCAUGGACUGCGCUGUGACCAGUUUGUACCCAAGACAGAUGCUAUCUUGUCAGACCCAACGGAUGAACUUGGGAUCGAGUUCAUGGAGAGUGGUGACACCUACCAGAGGCAGGUGCUGUCCAUCUUCAGCAUCGCCUCAGGGAUCUGUCUUCUUGGAGUGGCAUGUAUGGCUCUCUACCGCCGCAACAAAAGACACAGGGAAAAACUGCAAGCUCAUUUCUCUGAUAGCCGCAGCCUGAGGGACUGCAGCGUCAACGCCUCGGGCCUGAUGUCCAAGUCUACUCCCAGACUUCAGUACAGCCUUCAACUCCAAAAGAGCUGCAGUUCCCAUGGAUCGGCCGGUAAGGGCGGCAGCGUGGCGCCCGGCACAUCGGCAGCAGCCCCACCUCUUCUCAGCAGAGCGUCUAAAGGGAAACGCUUCAGGAGUAGUUCCCUUUCACUCAGUCCUGCCCAACAACGGAGGGAGAAUACGUACUUCAGGACUCCGCCCAUUUCCAGAGGAAAACACAAAUUAACGACAAAUCUCAUCGACGGAUCGAGAGCGUCUGGCCACGUCUACAAACACUUGCAGGAGGACGAGUCAACGGAUAUAGAGUCGAUAAAAAGGUGUGAUUCUGCAAGCGGAAGAGUCGGCGCCCUCCUCAGCAGGACCUCACUCUCUCACUUCGUGGCCAGAAAGGGAUGGACUGAGGUCCCCUGCACCCGUCUGGAUAAAGCAACAACCUUCCUUCCACCCUCCCUGCGUACCCAAUCUGUACCUAUCAUACCUUCACUCCAAGCGUGUGACCUCGAGGCUAGGAAUGCGGAAAUGAGUGACCGGAAUCAAGGAGGGCUCCUAAAGUGGCACCCCGUGGUGGUUGGAAAGAGAGCGUUGCCCAUUAACAAUUCUCCCUCUCCCCCCUGUGAGACUGUCGCGCUGGCGUCUGGUGUUAUGCCCGGCAGUGUUAGCCCUCCUGCCGCCACCAACGUCCCACCGAGGUCGGAGAAGAAUCUCAGCCGUGCACAAACAUCCAGCUCCAUUGAAAUUACAGUGGAACUCGCACAGGAAUUAAAACAGAAAAGCAUUUCCAGGCCCGUGAAAAUAUCUGGCUCUCAGAGCGACAUCCAACGCAGUGGCACAAACACUCUCCAGGCUGGGACUGUGCAGGAGUCAGACGGGAGAAGUGUCCAAUAUCCAGCCCGAGUUCUGCAUACUGGCAGUGGAACCAGAGGUUUGAAGGCAGCAGGCCAAAGAGAAGCCCAGGGACAGUGCCAAGGUCAGACAUCCCUGGUAUACGGAGGCGCAAACUGCUCCUUGGCCACCAAAGGACCCAGCUGCAGAGGAAAUGGAAACGCGUAUGCCAAGCCGUCUGCAAGCUGAUUGGAUUAACUCUGUAAAGCUUCAAAGACAGUGUUUCCUAUAACUGUAUACCUUUUGCUGGUGGCGCGGGAUGGUUAGGAGGUGGGACCAUCUGUGUGUCGCCACACGGACCAAUGACAGAUGGCCGUUCGAUUUUGAAGAAACAUGAACAGAUUGAACUGCCGUGGAAAAAAAAAAAAUAUUGACAUAACAAAAGACAUCAAAUUAUAAAA